GUUCUCCACUCCGCCGUUCAGAGCCCGGACGGCAUAGCGCUGGACUGGGUGGGCCGUAACCUGUACUGGUGUGACAAGAGCAAAGAUACCAUCGAGGUUUCCAAGCUCGAUGGGCAGUACAGGAAGGCCCUGAUCACCUCCGGUCUCCAGGAUCCGAGAGCUAUUGUGUUGGAUCCUUACCACGGCAACAUGUACUGGACGGACUGGGGGAACCAACCGCACAUCGGCAAGGCGGGGAUGGACGGUUCGGACCAGCGGAUCAUCGUCAACACGUCCCUGGGGUGGCCCAACGCCCUCACCAUCUCCUACGUCACCAAUGAGCUGUUCUGGGCCGACGCGUACCAGGACUACAUCGCCCAUUCCGACCUCGAGGGGAACAACAUGAAGAUUAUCAGGAAUAAGGACACAGACCCAUUGCACGUCCAGCAUGUAUUCGCUAUCUCGGUGUUCGAAGACUAUCUCUAUUGGACCGACUGGGAAUUAAAGAGUGUGCUGAGAGCCCAUAAGUACACUGGCAGAGACGUGAAGAAGAUUUAUACAGCAGUACACCGACCUAUGGACAUUCAUGUGUAUCAUCCUUAUAGACAGUUACCAUUGGACAACAAUCCUUGUGAAAAUAAUGGAGGCUGUGAUACAAUGUGUCUCCUUGCGCCAAAUGGUGGAAAGACGUGUACCUGCCCUGAAAACUUUGUGUUGGGGGAAGACGGUGUUUCAUGCAAGAGCAACUGCCUGAGUUCCAUGUUUGUCUGCAGUUCCACCUACAAAUGCAUCCCCUUCUGGUGGAAGUGUGAUACACAGGACGAUUGUGGUGACGGCUCUGAUGAACCCCCAGACUGCCCAACUUACAGCUGCACUCCUGGACAGUUCCAGUGCCAGAAUGGAAAUUGCAUUCAUCCAUCACAGAUCUGUGAUAAUCAAGAUCACUGCAAAGAUGGUUCUGAUGAGCCUAAUUGCGACAAUUAUUCUUGCGUUCUGUCACAAUUCAAGUGCCCAGCAGUUAAUGGGUCAAGUGCAUUCUGCAUUGCUGGAAAACGACGAUGUGAUGGUACCAAUGACUGUCCAGAUGGGCAUGAUGAAAAAGAUUGUCCAGCAUCAACUUGCUCAGCAGACUGGUUCUUGUGCAAUAAUACUCAGUGUAUACCAAAGGUUUGGGUGUGUGAUGGAGACCAAGACUGUCUAGACGGUUCAGAUGAGAAUGCCAACUGCAGCACCAGAGUAUGCCCUCAGGAAAAUUUCAGAUGUCGCAAUGGACGCUGUAUUCCAAAGUCCUGGAAGUGCGAUGGAGAGUUUGAUUGUCCGGAUAAGGAGGAUGAAGGAGAGGCGUGCAAUGGCACCGACACAUGUGAUGAAUCGCAGUUCAAGUGUGGAAACAACAAAUGCAUUUCUGCUCAGUGGAGAUGUGACGGAGAAAAUGAUUGCUCGGAUGGUUCAGAUGAAACAGGUUGUACAAUUAGAGUGUGCAAUGAAACCGAAUUCCGCUGUGAUGAUGGCAGAUGUAUAGCAAAAACAUACCAUUGUGACGGAGAGACCAAUUGUGCUGAUGGUAGUGAUGAGAUCAAUUGCAAUGUUACCUGCACUGAAAACAUGUUUAAGUGUGAGACUCACCCUCAGUGCAUAUUGAAGAAAUGGGUAUGUGACAAGGACCCAGAUUGCACAGAUGAGUCGGACGAGCGGAAUUGCAAUGUGACAUGUGGUAUCGGCUUCACUAGCUGUGCCAACGGUGUUUGCGUUCCAACCCCUUGGGUGUGUGACGGUGAGAAUGACUGCUCAGAUGGAAGCGAUGAGAGGAGGGAGUUAUGUGCCAAUCACACUUGUCCUAUUGGGAGAUUCAGGUGUGCCAAUGAUUUCUGCAUCCUUGAGAAUCACAUAUGCGAUGGUGAAGACAAUUGUGGUGAUGGUUCAGAUGAAUCCCCAAAUAUAUGUCAAAGUAAGAAAGUGUGUAGACCAGAAGAGUUCCAGUGUAGGAAUGGGCACUGCAUUGGGAGGGCCACUGUGUGUGAUGGCUACGAUGACUGCGCAGACAACAGUGAUGAGGAUAACUGUGGUUGCAGAUUUGGGGAAUGUUCUCAAAUUUGUAAUAUAAAGAAGGAUAGGAACCACACAUGCUCAUGUGCCCCAGGCUAUUCAUUGCACAGUUGGUCUCAGAAGAAUCAGAAAUCAUGUUUUGCUGAUGGAAAUUUAGCUUACAUGAUUUUGGCUAAUGAUAAUCAUUUGAGGAAGCUGUCACCUUACAAACAUGGAAACUCAGCAAGCAUAUUAACACUGACAGAGGAGGAUUCAAAGACUAUGAAAGUCCACAGUAUUGAUGUCUUGUAUGGUGACCCUCCUAUCGCCUUUUGGACAAACCUUCAUGAUAAUACUUUGGUCUCUAUGGCCGUCCCAACCAAUCAUGACCAGGAUAAUUCACGGACAAGAAGAGAGGCAGCUAAGAUUACAGUUGUGUUACGUGAUCUGAAGAAACCCCGCAGUGUUGCAGUUGACUGGGUGACCCCAAUGGUAUAUGUUGUUGAUGCUGGAGACAAGACAAUAUUAGCAACUACUGUAGAUGGAUCAAAGGUUGUAACCUUAAUAGCUACAAGUUUGGAUCAACCCUAUGAUGUUGUUGUGGAUCCACAGUCUGGGCAACUGUUUUGGUCAGAUUCUGGAUUCAACCCACGCAUUGAGGUCGCUGGUAUGGACGGAAGAAACAAGAGAGCGCUUGUAGAUCGCAAUUUGCAGUGGCCUGUUGGACUUGCCAUUGACUAUCCAGCCCGUAGACUCUACUGGGCAGAUAUCAAGACUUGUAACAUUGAAACUGUGAUGCUUGAUGGCUCGGAUCGGCAGCUAGUUAUGCAUUUCCCACAGAAUGAAGGAGUGCCAGGCAACCUCGACAUCUUUGAAGAUAUGAUCUAUCUCACCACCCACGACACAAAUGUUGUUCACCGCCUCAACAAGUUUGGAAACCGCCCACAACACAUGUCUUGCAUUUCUCAGCAUGCAAUGGAAGUUUCUGACAUUCUGAUUGUUCAGGAGCAAAAACAAGACAGAUCUUUGUUCAACCCAUGUGCAAACAACACAUGUCACGCAAAUGCCUUGUGCUUCAUUUCUGGCCCAAGAAACUAUUCCUGCAUUUGUCGUGAUGGAAUGAUGGAGAAAAUUGUUGAUGGUGUCCAACAGUGCCUUCCAAAGUCAGCCAGUCGUAAUGGAUGCAAUCUCUUCUGCAAUAGGGGAAAGUGCAUUAUGACUCCAAAAGGACCACAGUGCCAGUGCCCAGACAUGUAUUAUGGACCUACCUGCAACAUGUAUCGGUGCUCUGGCUACUGCUUGAACAACGGGCACUGUGAGCGGCGUUUACCAACAGAGGGAGGUAAUGUGUCUCUAAGCUGUUCGUGUGGGCCAAACUGGACGGGAGAGCGAUGUGAAACUCCAGUCAAGACUUGCGUCAAUUACUGUGAAAACAAUGGUACUUGUCUUAUGAGCAAAGACAGUCCAUAUUGUAUCUGCAAUAUACAUUUUGUUGGGGAUCGAUGUGAACAGUGCCGCUACAUACAUUGUGAGAAUGGAGCAACGUGUCGACUUAACGGGGCUAAUGAGUCACCGGAGACGUUCUGUUCUUGUGCUGAAGGAUACCAUGGAGAAACCUGUCAUUAUUCAGUUUGUGACAAUUACUGCAAAAAUGGAAACUGCAGUAUUUAUCAGGGUAUUCCAAAGUGCCAGUGUGAGGAAGGAUGGACAGGCAGGACCUGCGAUACUUGCAAAGAGGCAGCCGAACACCUUCAAAAACCCAGUGUACGACAGCCUGUACAGCGAGGGAGCCUCAACCUCGAUCAACCACGAGGAGAAGACUGGCUUGCUACAGUCAGACCCCUUAGGGGCCCUCGACACAAGCCGGCCCACUGGGUCAAAGUCUUAGCUCCCAUCAGCCCUACGGAUCAGCGUUUCCAACAUAAAAAGAAUUCUGCAACUUAUAUUGACAUUUAGUGAAAUGACAGUUUUUUCUGCUUUAUGUUAGAUAAUUACUGUGUGUUUGGAUAACCACAAUAAUUUCAAAUAAUGAGAAUGAAAGUGAAAGUCAGAAAAUAAGGUUAAAGAGUUUUAUAUACAGUGGUAGUGAAGUGAUAAUAUAUACAUAGCAAAUGUGUAUAUAUAGUGUACAUUUACACUGUACCAGUAAAUUACUGCCAACACUUAGAAGUACUGAUAGGUGCCAUCUAUGUAUAAAAAUUUUUACACUCUUUGCAAACAGUCGAACGAUUGAUUGUAGUACUAGUAACUGUUACCUGUUAUUCUGGUCUCAAAAUUGUAUGUUUAUAGGCUAUUAUUUAGUAAGCAAUACUUUCUAAGAUGUCUAAUCCACAGAUGUUGAAAGGACUUUUCUAGGACAAUACUUUGGAGUCUACUUGAGGAUAUCCUUGAUAUCUUUUUGCGUAAUGCUCUGUAGCUAAUAUUGAAAGACGAUUCAUAAUAUGGGAAAGAUUUUAGAUCUGUUUUUAAGUGAGAUUAAAACCAAGCAUGUUUUUAAAAUAUGGUUACCAUUAUUGUCCUUUCAAUUUUAUAUCUAAAUGAAACAUUUUAAUCUUCAAUUAUAUUUUGUUUCUGUUCUUUGCUACUUUAGGUAGAAAUGUUACAAUUGAAAUUAUAUUCAGAGUUUGAACAGAUUAGGAUGGUAAAUAGAAUUGUGUUUGGAUUUUUUGAUAUGAUAUAUGAUUUUUAAUAAUUGAAUAAAAGCAGGUUAGACAAUAGACUUGAUAGAUGCAGCAGACCACCAGUAUGUUUUAGUGCUGAUGUGGUUUACUUUUUUAAAUUUCUAAAUCUUUUUUUCUUCUGCAUAUUGGAGUGAUCCUAUUGUGCAAGUCACCUUUUGUACUAUUGUAGUUACUAGAAAUGUCGGUUUCCCUGUUUUUGAGGAUAAAAUGUCGGAACACAAAUUAUAAAAUACAAUUUUGAAAAAUACUCGGAAAGUAUCAGCAUGAUCAUACUGAGAGGUUAUAAGACAGAUAUUUCCUCUCUUCUUGUCAAAGUAGUCAAGGCCGCGUGUCAUGGAAUAGCAUAAUAGUAAUGGGUUAGGAUAGGGGUGGGUAAGAUUUGAUAUUAAUGCACCAGGAUUAUUAUACUUGUUCACACUGUUUGCUCCUACAAAUAUUGAUACUAGUGCCAUAUGUUAGGCUUCAGGCUUAAAUAUUGAUGCUGUGCUGGAGACUUGUUUUCCUUCUUUUUUGUGUGAAAAGCUGAGGGUAAUUAUGCAGCUGGAAGGAUUACAGUAUUUUCUUCUUCUUCUUCUUCUUCUUCUUUUUUUUUUUUUUUUUCUGUUUUUUUGUGGCAGUAUUCUGUUAAUUUCUUUGCAGUCAGGAAAAAAAAUAUUUGGACUCUAAGAUAACUUUUUGUGUGUUUCUCAGAUAAUUAAACAAACACAGAGCUUGGGUGAGAUCAGCUCUUUCACCGCAAAGGUGCAAUAACACAAAUGUCACUUUCGAGAUUUAAAUGAUCCCUUUAGCUGUAUUUUACCAAGCUCUCCUCUAGCCAUAUUACCAAAUGUGAUAACUUGGAAUCAAGUCACAAAUCAUAUGAAAGGAAAGCAUCCUAUGUAGCAUGCUUAGGUUUUAUAAACCCAUGUGUGUAUUGUAUGUGUGUGUUACAAUUAUGUGGGUCAAAUAUGUUGGUCAUCAGAUACUAUUAGAACAUGUCCUUUUUUCUGAGGCCUUACCGUAGAGUUUUUAUUUUGUCAUUAGAGCAAGCUUGCGUUUGUGCAUUCAUAGGUGCGUGUGUGCAGGUGUAUGUGUUAGUGUUUGCAUGUAGUGAGAGACUGACAUAGGCAGACAGAGACAGACAUAUUUUCAUAAGGCAGUAUGAAAGAUAUGCUAAAGAAUCAAAGCAUUGUUUGUCAAGCCUUGUGGUGAAGUAGACCAGCACCAACAUUAUUAUUCAAGGGAUAAAGAGUCUGUUGCCAUAAUAUCUGUAGGUGGUUGGAAAGUAAAAAUGAAAUUCACAUCGCUGUAAUAAGUGAUCAGGUUAAAUUAAUAAUCAUUACAGAAUGUAUGGAGUAAUGACAAAUUUGAUUGUAAGCAUUUUAAUGAGUAUCUAUUGAUACAGCCCAUUUUUAAGUUUGUAUAUAUAUUGAGUGGGUAAUUAUACUAGGGAAAAGUACAGUAUUUGUAAGGAAAGUGAAGUAAUAAAGGUAAUGAUUUUUAUUUUUUUUCCAAAUAAAAUCUGGCAGAUGUAGCAUUAGUACAUGCAAUGUAAGAAAGUGACUGAACUUUAUGACUGCCUUGUGAAAUAGUGUAAAUCUAAUUCUGGUCAGUAUUUAAGGAGUUAAAAGGUCUGAGGUGAAAUAAUAUUAUGAGAUAGGGCCUGAUGAUAUGAAACCAAUUAGGUAGUGGUCCUGUGCUUCUCUCUAGCGAACUUGCACAGAUAGGAGAAUUGCUGAAGUGAACAUCGCAAGUUGAACAGUAAAAUGUGUUCUUGGAUUAGUCUAGAAAUGUUUAGCAGAGUGUUUAUUUGUAUAAUUUGAUGUUUGCCGUUGGUUAAGUAAAAGGAGAAUGGUAAGUGAUAAACGUAAGAAUAGGUUGAGUUCACAUGACAAACAAUGGUAAUCAUUAUUCCUCAAGUGCCGAUAUUCAAAGAUAUCUGGUUAUUUUUACUAGAUGAAUAUUAUUUGUACAGUUAGAUUAAAACACAAAUGUGUCUCCUAUUUUAUGGGCAUUAAAAAUCUUUUUUUGAUUUUUAUUAAAAUUAUGGUUGAUUUUAUUGACAUUUUGUGUGUAACAACUAUAUGUUUAUUCUGGUAUAAAUAGGCUGAUACUGUAAUAUAGGCCUUUCAGCCAUAAGAGUUCAAACUUUGUAUUGAUAAGUUGAAUUCAUGGUUAUAAUUUGCUGUGGCAUUACAGUAUAUCUAAAUGUAAUAUUGAAUUAUCUUGAAAAUAUUAGCAGGUGUUAAAAGAAAAUAUUCUACCUUUACAAGAUCAAUUUUUAUAUUAGUGAUGCCUGCAUAUUUUUGUACAUAAGACAAUAACAUGGCGAAUUUAUAAACUA